AUGUCCAAAUGUGUACCAUUACUGAACGAGUUUUGUUGGAACGAAUCGUGCGCUCCAGAAAAUUCAAUGUGUAUUAAUAACGAGUGUAAAUGCAAGCGUGGUUUCUUAGCUCAGUCCAAUGAUCAAUGCUCGACAAUUCUACUAAAAUUAUCCUGCGAAAUUGAUGCAAAUUGCAAAUUAAUCGAAUUUUCAAAAUGUUCUUUGAAUAAAACAUGCGUAUGUUCAGAAAACAUAAUUGCGACAAGUCCGAUAUUUUGCUCAUUACUUAUAGGGGAAUUUUGUAAUAACAACCGCGAAUGUGGGAUCAGAAAUUCUGAAUGUGUUAAUUAUAGAUGUCAAUGUAAACCUCAAUACCUUCCCUAUCUUAAUAAUUCCGAAUGUCAACUAUCCUACUUGGGAAUGUCCUGUGAAAAUUCAACUUACUGUGAAAAACGCAUAAAAAAUACGAUAUGCAUUAACAAUAUUUGCGAAUGCAAUGCAAAUUACUACUCACGGGAAGAUAAUUCAUGCCGAACAUUAGCAAUCUUAGAUUGUGAGAAUAAUCUUGAGUGCUCAAAACUAAUAAAUUCUUUGUGCAUUGACAAAUUCUGUCAAUGCAAACCAGACGAUGUACUGAUGAAAGGAAAAUGUUUACCGAGAUACUUGGGGGGACCAUGCGAAAAAACAUCAGAUUGUUCUAAUAUAAAAUUUGCAGUAUGUUUGAAAAAUCAAUGCAUUUGCAAUGGUGGAUUUAGUUCAUUCAACCAAACAUUGUGUGCUAGAGAUUUGGGCACAAUUUGUUUGGGCGAUGAAGAUUGUCUAUUAAAAAACUCUCAUUGCUACCAACAUUAUUGCGAGUGUCGGGAUGGCUAUAUUCAAGAUUCGACGAAGAAAUGUUUGCCGAUGGAAUUACGAGGAUUCUGUUUUGAUGACGCUGAUUGUAAAUUGAUAAAAAACGCCCGGUGUUCCAGCGAAAACAAAUGCAUUUGCAAGAUAAACUACGUAGAAAUUAACGAAGUAUCAUGUGUGGCAUUGUUAGAUGGAAGUUGCUCACACGAUAAUGAAUGCGCUGUAGCUGAAUCUGUCUGCGUUGAAAAUAAGUGUCAAUGCGACAGCGAAAACUUUCAGAGGUUUGAUGAACAAUGUUUUCACCAUAAGUACAAUGCAAAAUUAAGUACAAAGACUUCCUGCUCCCUUGAUACUGACUGCAUAGACAUUCCUCACGCAAAAUGUUGGAACACUAGCAUGUGUGCCUGCGAGUCGAAUUUCAUUCAGCUGAAGUCAUCUGUAUGCGCACCUCUACUAGGAGGCUACUGUACACAACAUAACGAUUGUAUUGCAAAACAUUCAGUUUGCAUUAAAAAUAAAUGUCAAUGUGAUUUCGCGUACACCGAAAAACUUUCCAGUAAAUGCGAACCAACCCAAUCGCUAUAUUCUUGUUUGAACGUUUCUGAAUGUGUAGAGCAUUACCAUUUUGAAUGUUCCGAAGACAAAAAGUGUGUUUGCAAGGCUAACAAUAUUGCUAUCAACAAUUCAACAUGCUUGCCAAAUUUGAACGGAUAUUGCUGGAAACACGAUCAAUGCGCGGUUUUGAAUGCUGAAUGCAUUGAUUUUCGUUGUCAAUGCAAUUCUGGCUAUAAUAGUGUUUCCACAAAUAUGUGUGUAUUAAAUCAUUAA